AUGCAGCUAGUGAGACUGUUAGUGGUGGGUGAUAGAGGGGUUGGGAAAACCAACUUUCUUUUUUGCGGGAAAAUCGGAAAACUUCCAUGCUGUUACGUCCCUAGAGUUUUCGACAAUUGUACGGCAAAUAUUAUGGUCCGUGGGUUUCCAUUCACGGUAGGACUCUCGACUGCAUCAGGCCAAGAGGAUUACCCUCGUCUGAGACCGCUGUCGUACCCCUCAACAGAUGUAUUCGUUGUGUGUUUCGAUGUGGCAAGUAGAAGUUCUUUUCAGAGCGUGUCAGAGACAUGGGUUCCAGAGGUUCGCCAUUAUGUUCCCUCAGCGGCAGUUCUGCUCUUGGGAACCAAGACGGAUCUUCGUAGUGCCAAGUAAGUUAUAAGAAAAAGAAACUUACUAAUGCUUUUCCCAUGGAGUGGGUAUUGGGGUUGGUGGAAGGUCUAUACAGUUUUGUUCAUCUUUUGACGUUAACCAGUAGUCAAAAACUAGUAAAGCGCCUUACGGUCAGUUAUGUUGCCAAGUUUGAGAGUAGUGACAAGUUGAAACGAGUCGCGACAAUUAUUUUUUUCUUGGGUUGCACGUGACGUCACCAAAAAUCAAACUAAGAAACUAUCGAUUCUUCUGAGUUUCUACUUUCAUGAGGUAUUACAGUACCUAAACACCCUUACAUAAACAAAUUUUUGGUUUGAAAGGGUUCUUCGUUUUGCGAGAGAGGACGCUUGAAUUUCCAGGCUAUUGCGUGACGCGGCAUUUAGCUGGCGGCCGGGAAAGCUCUUAUGUGGCUUAAAAACAUAACCGAUUUUGGGAGAUUUUGCAAUCUAAACAUUCGUUGUCUCAGAAUAAAUAUUACUGUAAUCUUUAUGAGUUCCUUAAGCGAAGAAUUCACGCAUAAGUAGGAAAACUCGAAAACAGAUGUUUCUGUUGGUAUCCGGCGGCCAUAUUGGGGGUGACCCUCGAAAACUAAGACCUAAGACCUAAGACCCCCUAAAAUCGAAUCUGUCGGAAUAUAAAGUCAAAUUGUAACCGAAAUAGGUCUGAUCUGUCAAAUUAUAUCAUGUUCGAUCCUUUCCACCGGGUUUUAGGUCAAAUUUAACGGUAAAUUUAGGGGUCUUAGUUUUCGUAAUCUCGAAAACUAAGACCCUUAGUUUUCGUAAUUACGAAAACUAAGACCCCCACCAAAACAAUGUCUAAAAUUUCUACAAAGUCGAAUUACGACGGUUUGAAGACUAUAAUCCGUAAGACAAACAAAAACACUACAACGCAUACGCGUGCUAUUUAGCUAGACGAUCCGCUUCUUCUAACAAUAUGCAGACAUACAUUGGUAGUUCUACCGACAUAUAUUAUCAAUAUUGUGGCUUUAAGAAAACAAUGAAAGCUAAGGCCCAGUUCAUACGUCGUGCUGCUGCCGUGCCGAACUUAAUUCUUGAAUUAAGUUCGACAUAAGCACGGCAGAAGCACGACGUCUGAAUCAAAGUUUUUGAUUUAGUGCGGCAGAACAAUUAAGUUCGACAAGGUCUGCCGUGCUACACGACUCUGGCACGGCAGCGAUUCAGACGUCGUGCUUAUGCCGUGUCGAACUAAAUGCAUAAAUUUCAGAAAUGUAUUUUUCGCGGGAAUUGUUAUCUUGCGAGUCCCGCGAGUAGCUUCGAGGAAAAAUGUCCUUCAAUGAGCAUGCGCAUUGAUUCUCUUUAUUACUCCAGAGCUCCUCUGUGCAUGACGGCCAGGAAUCAGAAGCGUAAGCACUGGGCCGGGUUCGAGAAUGGUUUAAAACAAACAUGGCGGCUUUCCGUGCAAGUUUGCAUGCUCCUUCCUCCUUGGUUUGAGUCCGAUAAUUCAUCAGAAGACGAACUACCUUUUGACGAAAAUAUUCCACUAGCUGGCUAUAAAGAACAAGGUGAAGAGGAAGACGAGGAAGCGAUCGGCGAUGUUGAGUCAGUGUCUCGACCAAGGAUAAAAUCAAAGGUGGCUUUUGAUAAACGAAACGUUUUCUUGAACCUCUGAUCAGUGUAUGUGUUCCAUACUUCUUCGAACCAUCCCUUGUUACGGGGAAGCCGUCGACAUGAUCGAUCAGCAGUGGUUUUCUCGGAAGAAAUAAGAAGAGCAGAAAGAAAAAAAACUUCUAAUAAUAACAUUCGCCUGACGGUCAAAAGGAAAAGGAUUUUCUGCUACAUUUCUUUUCUUCUCGUCCUCGAGUUUUGUAAGAGUUUUACAAGUAGCAAUUUAUGCUGGAGGUUACGGUGCGGCGCCAUUUUCAUCACCGCUUACCGCUGUACUGACUACUGUGCGAACACUGAAUUAAGUUCAACUCUGGCACGACGUCUGAAUUUAAGUCGUGCUUGUGCCGUGCUUCUGACAACUUCUGUCGAACCCAAAAUUAAUUAGCUUCGGCACAGCAGAAGCACGGCGUAUGAACUGGGCCUAAUACUACCUACGUAUUAUUAUUGUACACUGAAAAUAUGCCUUACCCCUAUAAUUUUGGUUGUUUAUCCUUAAAGUCAUAAAAUUGGUUUUCCACUGGAGAUGGAUUUUUGUCUUCGUUGCGGGCUGACAUGUCGCUACGACGUGAAUGCCUGAUUGCUAAGUGGUCAACGGCGUUAUCAGUUAAACAUCACACAAAAAUACGGAUUUUGUUUUUCCUUUUCUGGCCAGGUCAUAGAUAGAAAAGUGCUUUUAUAAAAAGGGCGAAAAAGGAGAAUAUGCUACAUUGCGUUUUUCUAGCCUUUGUUUUUAUCGUUGCCACCCCAUCACCGGGUUACAAUGCAAAGGUAGUUGAGGGGUAGGGGUGGGGGGCAAGGAGAAAUAGUCUGUGAGGGAUAAUCGCUAAAAUCACUCAUGAAAUAAUAAUUAAAAAAACGAAUGAGUGAAUGAAUUUCCUGUACUAGCAAAGCAUCGUCUCGAGAAUUAGAGUUCUAAUUUCAGAACAAUAAAAUAAACAUGACAACUGCUGCACACAAACCCCCUCAGGUGAUGGUUACAGGUAAUGCAAUCUCGAUCGCAGAGACACGAAGAAAAACAUCCAUCUCCAGUGGAAAGCCAAUUUCAUAAUUUAAAGGAUAAACAACAAAAUUAAAGACCAAUAGGGGUAAGGCAUAUUUUAAGUGUACAAUGGAUACAUAGGAAGUCUAUGGCUUUGGUCCUCUUUUUAAAGCAAGUCUUCAAAUUGUUAGUGGAUUUUAGAUCAGCACGCGUAUGAUAGUAGUUUUUGUUUGUCUUACGGAUUAUAGUCUUCAAACCGUCGUAAUUCGACUUUGUAGAAAUUUUAGACAUUGUUUUGGUGGGGGUCUUAGUUUUCGUAAUUACAAAAACUAAGAGGGGUCUUAGUUUUCGAAAUUACGAAAACUAAGACCCCUAAAUUUACCGUUAAAUUUGACCUAAAACCCGGUGGAAAGGAUCGAACAUGAUAUAAUUUGACAGAUCAGACCUAUUUCGGUUACAAUGUGUGGUUCCAGAAAAUAUCCAUACUCCCCGCCACGGAAGGGAUAGGAUUUUCCAGGGGGGAAGGGGGUCAAUUUGCCUAAUUUUCCAGUGGGGAGGUGGGGAGGGGUCACCAUAGGGAAAUAUUUCCAGAGGGUUCUUGUGAUGCGCGGAGAGUAACAAAGAAAAAACAAAAAAUUACCACGACAAUUUAUUUGCAAAGAUAUAAAACACGACGAAAGUUAAAGAGCUACUAAACCUAAGGAUUAAUGGACAUAGCGAACAUAUUUUGUCAGUCCCUUGGGGUAGCCUCUCACGCGAAAACGUUCCUUACGGUUUGCCGUUUUCGAACGAAUUUGGUAUCCGUUUGAACUGCUUGGGGUAUCCGUUCAAAAAAAAUUGUCAUCCGUGCGAACGACUUGGGCUAUCCGUUUGAAAAAGGUUGUCAUCCGUUCGAACAGCUUGGGAUAUCCGUUUGAAAAAAUUGUUAUCCGUUCGAACGGCUCGGGCUAUCCGUUCGGAAAAGAAUUUGUCGACCGUUUGAGCGACUGAAGCUAUCUGUUCAAAGGUAAAUUUUAGCCGAGUUUCCAUCCCAAAACCAUUUCGUCGCUAGCCACUAGCGUCGAACGAUGUGUUAUUCUCCAGGUCACAGCACGUUAAACUUUGCGUGACCAUUUUCUUAUCAAUGAAAUCGGCGACGCGCAAUUUUACCGCAAACUCAAAUAUGCAAAUUUGGUAGAACGAAAUUCGAUACUCACACUGUCUUAUCGCGCGACGAGGUCCUGAUCUCUUUAAUUGUACUUCUUCAAGUGUUGCUUCUUCUUGACGCAGUGCGAGAAAAGUACGGUUAUGUUUGCUACGCGACCGUGCAUUUCAUUUGCAGAAUUGUAGAAUUCAACAGAAAUUACAUGAAAUGCACAAAAUUUGUCUUUGACUUGAGCGCAUAAGGAGUUCGCAUAAGGAAUUCGCUUAUCUGUUAUACAAUAAAUGAAACUCAUAAAAUUUGGCAUCCUAGUGAACGCAAAUCCCUUCCGUGGGGGGGGGGGGGGUUUGGAUAUUUUCUGGAACCCCACAAUUUGACUUUAUUUUUCGAGGGAUUUGUUUUUAGGGGGUCUUGGUUUUCGUAAUCUCGAAAACUAAGAGGGGCCUUAGGCCUAGUUCUUAUUUUUCGGGGGUCUUAGUUUUCGUAACACGCCCCAUUUUGGUGUUCCUGAAAGGGAACCCAACUGGGGGUUUCNCGUUUGAAAAAAUUGUUAUCCGUUCGAACGGCUCGGGCUAUCCGUUCGGAAAAGAAUUUGUCGACCGUUUGAGCGACUGAAGCUAUCUGUUCAAAGGUAAAUUUUAGCCGAGUUUCCAUCCCAAAACCAUUUCGUCGCUAGCCACUAGCGUCGAACGAUGUGUUAUUCUCCAGGUCACAGCACGUUAAACUUUGCGUGACCAUUUUCUUAUCAAUGAAAUCGGCGACGCGCAAUUUUACCGCAAACUCAAAUAUGCAAAUUUGGUAGAACGAAAUUCGAUACUCACACUGUCUUAUCGCGCGACGAGGUCCUGAUCUCUUUAAUUGUACUUCUUCAAGUGUUGCUUCUUCUUGACGCAGUGCGAGAAAAGUACGGUUAUGUUUGCUACGCGACCGUGCAUUUCAUUUGCAGAAUUGUAGAAUUCAACAGAAAUUACAUGAAAUGCACAAAAUUUGUCUUUGACUUGAGCGCAUAAGGAGUUCGCAUAAGGAAUUCGCUUAUCUGUUAUACAAUAAAUGAAACUCAUAAAAUUUGGCAUCCUAGUGAACGCAAAUCCCUUCCGUGGGGGGGGGGGGGGUUUGGAUAUUUUCUGGAACCACACAAUUUGACUUUAUAUUUCGACGGAUUUGAUUUUAGGGGGUCUUAGUUUUCGUAAUCUCGAAAACUAAGACGGGUCUUAGGUCUAGGUCUUAGUUUUCGAGGGUCUUAGUUUUCGUAACACGCGCCAUAUUGGUGUUCCUGAAAGGGACACCAACAUGGGGUUUCCAUACAAAGCUUUAUAAAUAUAGGUAAACUGUUUUUUCCAAUAUCUCGCAUUUGAAAUAUUUCACAGACCUGGUUCUUGCCAAGGGUUUUUGUAUAUUUAUCUUUUUUCAUUUCCCAGAUUCUAGUCCUUCUGUAUUGUAUGGUUUGCAUUUUUAUUUUUCAUAAUUUGCGUGACAGUGCAAGCUGAGAAUAGACGUUCGUUUGGUGGUGGGCAAGUUGGUGCCCCAACCUGGUCAGAGGGAACUGGGUCAAUCUUUGCUGAAUAUGUGCUGCUGGCUUCUCACAACCCCUUAACCCCAUUAUAGUCUCUUUUGUGGCCAAUUAUAUAUAGACCCUGUUUUAGUCACUUUGGCACAAAUGUAAUUUUUGCAUUCCCAACUUAUUCACUUUCGCUUAGUCACUUUCUGUCACUUUUUUAACUUUGAACCUCCCGUGUGUAAAUCAAUACCGUCCAUUAUUUUCUUGCCCCCAAAAUUCCCAAAAACUUGCAACCCCAUUCUAAUAACUCUAUUGAAAAUGUAACAUCCCUAUUAGCCUAUUACAUUGCAGUGGAACCUCUCCUUUGGGACACCUCUAUUCAAGGGACACCCCCAUUAUUAAAGGGGACAGUAAUCUGGUCCAGAAAAAAAUGUAUGUUCAUAUAAUAUAAUCCUUGUAUUUGUUUCCUCUAUUGAAGGGACACCCACCAUGGAGGACAAAAAUUAAAGAAUUUGGGACUGUGUGAAAAUUAGGCCUUUCCAAGUGAUUGUUACGUAGGACUCUGCUCCUAAUGACAAUUUUUUUUAUCUUCUUUGGGUUCAUCCCGUCGUCUCUCCACUCCCCCCAGCAAUGUUGUGGCCAGAAAAAGCAGUCAUUCCACCUAUUUGCUAAAAAUUCAACUUUGUUUGGGGUGGGAGGGAAGAGGUCGCUAGUUUUACUAAUACCACUGAAAAGGUGGCAACACUCGUGACCUCCACUGUAGCCUCUACUCAAGGAAAGGGAUAUUUUUUCUGUGACCCAAAACAGGGAUUAAUUCAACCUCCAUUCAGAGCGCACCUAAGCACUCAAAAGGUAACUGAGGUUCCAGAAGGAACUCCUCUCAGGAACUUUGUGGCUUUGUAGAAUUAUACAUUUAUCUUUCCUUGUUUCAAAAUAAUUCUUGCGAGUGACCAUCUCUUGUAAGUGGUUACCAACUCUUCACAUUUUUGGUGGUCGCUUACAUGAGGUUUGACUGUUGUUUUUUCCCUUUCAUGCACAGUAACAUAUCUGAUGAUGGGCCCAUCGUGACAAUGAGAGAAGGACAGGAUCUUGCAGCAUCUCUUGGUAUUGCAUAUGCAGAAUGCAGUUCUCUGUUAAAUGAUGGUGUGCAUCAAGCUCUCAACACUGCUGUUGAGUUGACCGUUUUUCCCCAAAGACAAGUUAAUUCAAGGAAAGGAUUUUUUAAGAGUAUAAGGAGAAAAUCCAAAUCAGCAAAUGAACAAGAACCAAUUCCUCCUGUUCUUCCUCCUGCAGGUACUGUUAAUCCUGGGAGAGACCGCGAGGGGAAAUUGCUCUGAAAUGAAGGUCAUGGGGAGGUGCAAGGGAUAUUUUUCAGCUUGAAAUUCACAAUUUUAAGGUUCUUGUGGUAAUAAAAUGUAAUUUUGUUACUUCUUUUCUCAACAAUGUUGGGAGUCUUUGGCCAACAAUGUUGCCUCCGUUUGCACAGGGCUUAAUGCUGAUGGUACUCAGCUUUAAGCGUGUCAAUAUCCCCCUAUAAGACAGAUGUUGCUUUCAAGUCAAUGUCUCAUUUCAUCUAUCAGGAAAAGGACUUACAGUCUGAUAGUGAUACUGUGAUUAGCAUAAAGUGUUUUCAGUAGUGUAUUUUUUUUGGAUUUGCAGGGUGUUUUUGCACAAACAAAUUUUUCUGAUUCAAACAUAAUCAUUUUACCAAGUACUGAGAAUUACACACUGUAAUUCUUAUUAUUUUCAGAAAGCUGUGUACUUUUGAGCAGACACGUUUUUAAUUUGUUGGUUUUAAUGUGUCUUACUAGUGAACUUUAUAUAUUAUAGUUACAUGAAUGUAUAGAAUACUGGUAUCUAUACUGGAGUAAACUUUUAUUACAUAUUGUAUUUGUAGGUUUUGCACCACAUGUUGAAGUGCUUACUUCCUCAUUUGCAAGUGAGUGGCACAAUAUGAUGUCUGACAGUAGCACAGUAGAUGUCACAUUUAUUUUUUCUGAUGGCCAAACAGUGGAAGCACAUAAAACUGUUCUAACUGCUGCAUCCUCCAUUUUCAAGAAUAUUUUUCUGGGUAAAGUGACUCCAAGUCAUGAAACCUAUGGUGAAAUAUUUGAGGAAAUAUCAUGGGUUUGCAACAAAGAAAACAGCUGUCCAAAUCUUAUCCACAUGAAAGAGCAUUGCCAGGGUGUAGGGAAGACAGUUGUAAGGUUGCAUGAGAGUAUUUUAAAGCGUGUUUUUAUGGAGCUAUUGACAUUCCUUUACACUGGAUCACCGGACAUUUCUAAAGAUGAAGACAUAAACUUUGUGAAAGAAAUCCAGUCUCUAGCUAUUAAAUUUCAGUUGAGCUGGUUGGCAAAGUACUGCUCAAAUAUUCUUGAAGGAGAAUCAUAUUUGAAUCCGAGUAUUGGCACGUGGAUUAAUGACAACACAGGGAAUGCUGCAAAGAAGCUGUUUCUCAACAAGUCAUUACAAGCUGAUGUCAAGUUCCGUGUUGAAGGCAGUGUGGUUUAUGGACACAGGGUUAUAUUGAAAGCAAGAUCAGAGGUCAUGGCGGCCAUGUUGGGUGGAGCAUUCAUUGAGAGUGAUUUGGACUCGGAGGUAAUAAUAUUUAAACACAAUGUGGGAAUAAUACUUUGGGUCAUGAUGUCCUUGUAAACACCCUAAGAGCAAGCUGCAAUUGUAAUAAACCGGGGUGGAUCCAGGAGUUUCGGAUUGGGGGUCCAAACUUUGGUUCAGAAAGUGAAACUGUUAAACUUUUUUUGUGGCAAAUUACUUCUCCCACACACCUCCCACAUCCUCUCUCACCAGUCGCGGUUGCACGUUAUAAUAAGGGGCCAAGGAAUUAUUCCUUGGCCCUUUAUCGCGUACUUGAAUUCUACUUGUAAAGGAUGCACCCUUGGAACAUACUCUUCUUGCGCUUGGCAACAAAGAUUGAGAGUCCUGAGCAGAGGCGAAUAGAUCAUAGGAGGGUACCCAAAAACAUUAUUACGUUUUUUAAUAUCCCUGGAAUUUAGUUCAAGUGGCAAAAUGCAAUGCGCAUUUCAUUUAAAAAAUCAGCCAGUUAAAAAGUGAUAUACAAUCCUGUGGAUGUAAGAACUUCAGUCUCAAACAAGCGUCAGGUCUGAUAGGGUCUCCAGACCCUCCGGACCCUCACUCUGGAUCUAGCACUGAUAAAGACAAGCUUUAUAUGUGAAAGUCAUUACUGUAAUUAUAUAGAUUGAUAUAAUCUAUGAAAUGCAACAUCUUAUUAAACAUGCUAAUAGUUAGAAGCGAAAUAGUGCUUAUAAGAGUUCUGACAAAAUUUGUUUAAGCACGCCAGUUAUCAGAGGUUAUGUUGUGAAUUAGUUGGUCUGUGGAACUGGAAGUUUACUGAAGAUGUAAUAAACUGCACAUUGACAAUUAAAUUGGUCAUUCCUUUUACAGAUCAAGAUUGUGGACACAUCCCUCCAAAGUUUCUUGGCCUUACUGGAGUAUCUUUACACUGAUCAUGCCCCAAUAGAAGAGGGUGAUUCUGUGGAAAUAAUGAUUUUAGCUGACAGAUUCUGUCUGCCAAGGCUGGUGACUUUAUGUGAGCUUUACAUCCCUAAAAAAGUGGAUGUCACAAUACAAAAGAGGGUAGCUGAUGGCACAAGUGAUGUCAUAAACCUCCUACUUACAUCUCAGGUAAGAUCAACUUUUCUUUACUUAAAACAUUUAUUUUAGAAGAUAGGCUUAUAAGUGGCUUGCUCUACUUUACGGACAUGCUCCCCUGAUACUUGCCAGAUGAAGAAGCUACUUAAGGCUAUUUGCUCUUCAACUGGACUUGCUGAAAUGCCCUUGAUAUUUAUUUACCAUUACAGCAACCCCUUCAUAUAUGAACCCCUCAUUAUUGUUAUCAAUGUUAUGGUUCUGCAAAGUUUGAUGUCCAUUUCAGAGAAAUUUUAAAAACAAGUCUACAUUCACCCUUGGAAUUGGUGUGUGUGUGUGUGUUGGGAGGGGGCGGGGGUGGCUAGUCCAUAACGAAUUAUCCUUUCAAGGGAACUGUAACUGUCACUCCAGUUUAAGACUUAUGACAACCUCUCCAGUGCAAUGCCAUACAAAACCAAAAUUACCCAACCCUUAAUUCAGGUUUGGUUGAUACCUGUAGAAGCAUAAUAUUACCUAAAGACAUUACAACUACCAGUCAGAAUUCUUCAUUUUGUUGUUUUCUUGACGGACAAAUUUGGGCUAGUGCUUUUCAAACCUCAUAGGGAUUGACAGAUUUAAAUAAGAAAGCAAGAACAAAAUAAUUCUGGUAGCAUUGAAUAUGCUUCGUACCAAGCCAGUAUUAUUAGGGAUUUGAAUUGAUAUCUCAACACCAUGCAAUCAUUUGAAACAACUGAAUGAUUUUUGACAAUGAGGCCUUUUUAAUCUUGCUCCCUCAGGAUCUCUUGCAACAAUUCCUAUAAUUUCACAAAUUCUAAUAUUCAGUUUGGCAUUAGCCUUACUCUAUUGCUGUUUCAGUACUUAUUGAGCAUUAGUGGCACAGCAUUAAUUUGAACUGACCUAAGUGUACAUUGAGCAUUUCAGUGUAUACAAACUAAAUGACUGUGAUUUGUGUUUUUAGGCUCACAAUGCAAAGCAGUUAUCCAGAUGGUGUCUCCAUUUUAUUGCAACAAAUUUCUCAGUGUUUGAGUCAACUGAAGAAUUUGAUCUUGUACAAGGAGAUAACAGAGACUAUGUCACUGAACAUAUUUGGCCGCCGUUAUCCUAUCUUAAAGCACAAGAAGAAUUUGAGAAGAAAGUCAAGUCUUCUAAGUUUAAUUCGUCUAAUUUCAACUCUUGUAAGUGCAAUAUAAUGUGA